UCUCUUCAUGCAUGCAAGUGUUGGUGUCUCAUCUCUUCAUAGAUUCUCUCACUAGCCCAAAACCCCAAAAGAAAGAAUUUAAAAAGAAAAAUUUAUAUGCUUUACACUCUACCUUCUUCUUUCCAUUUGGGAUUCAGAUUCAGUUUACUAUAAAUACUGAGGGUCCUUUGAGUGUUCUUUUCAUUGCAGAGCUAGCUUAUAAGUGUUCAGACAUGAACUAUGGCAGCAGCUCUCGCUCAUCUGGCUUUGAUUCAGGUAACAGGACUAGCAGGAGAUCUGUUGAGUAUGGGAGGACUUACGUUGUGAAGCCUAAGGGAAGGCAUCAAGCCACCAUUGUUUGGCUUCAUGGUCUUGGUGACAAUGGAGCAAGCUGGUCUCAGAUUUUGGAAACUCUUCCUCAUCCAAAUAUAAAAUGGAUAUGCCCAACUGCGCCUACUCGGCCUGUGGCAAGUUUUGGUGGAUUCUCUUGCACUGCUUGGUUCGAUGCUGGGGACUUUUCAGAAGAAGGUCCAGACGAUAUUGAAGGAAUGGAUGCUUCAGCUGCACAUGUUGCAAACUUGCUGUCAACUGAGCCUGCUAAUAUAAAACUUGGUAUUGGGGGAUUCAGUAUGGGUGCUGCAAUUGCUUUGUACUCUGCUACCUGCUACAUUCAUGGGAAAUUUGGAAAUGGUAAUCCAUAUCCAAUCAAUUUAAGUGUCAUUAUAGGUUUUAGUGGCUGGCUUCCAUGUUACAGGAGCUUAAAGAGCAAGGUAGAAGUCUCACAAGACGCCAUAAGACGAGCUGCAGCCUUACCAGUUCUACUCUGUCACGGAAGAGGAGAUGAUGUUGUGAUGUAUGAACAAGGAGAGAAGUCUGCAGAGGUUUUAAGAUCAGCUGGAUUUCAAAAUUUCUCUUUCAAGACAUAUAAUGGACUUGGCCAUUACACUUCUCCGGAAGAGAUGGAUGAUUUCUGCAAAUGGCUGAGGAUGAAAAUGGGGCUCGAUGGUUCCCGCUCUUAUUGACAAAACUUUGCUUAUAUUUUUAACAAUGUUGUCAAUAAGAAGUGGAUUAUAUGAGUAUAAAGUAGCCAAAA